AUGGGCUGCCGUCGAUCAAAAACAUCCCAAAAAAAAUCACAAGCUCGCUUUAAAAACCUAAAGGCUGCUCGUAAAUCACAACUUCGUCAACUUGAAGAUCAAGUUCAAACGUUUCAAUCUGAAAAUGAUUCCUUACAAGCUAAAAAUAAUUCCUUACAAAAAGAAGUUGCAAUUUUGACGGAAUUUGGGGUUUUACAGUCCGUACAAAUCCAUCAACAAGAAGAAGAAGCGCAAUCUAAUAAUGAACUGUGGGCUAUCGCCCAAAAAGAAUGUUGGGAGGCCCAAAAAAAGGUCAUUCAACAAGAUGAAGAAAUUGUCGGUUUAAAGGGCGAAGUAAAACAACUGAAAAGGGAGAACAAAAGCGCUAUGUAUAGUACAAAAUAUUUUGAAAAUAAAUAUUAUCACGCGAUGAGUGUUAUACAAAAAUAUGGUAUGAUUGUUGUUGACGAUAAUAUGCCCAAAUCUCCUUCACCUAUACUUUCAUCUUCAUCUUCAUCUUUUUCCUCUUCUUCUUACGAUCAAAUAUUUGUUGCUGAUGGUCCUGAUUAUAUUAAUGAUAAUAAUAAUAAUAAUAACGUUGAUAAUAAUAUUAAUAAUGAACAAUAA